AUCGUCAGCUUUUAAAUCAGCUGUUUAAUUGUGCUUAAUCAAAUAAUGUGAAUUUUUAACAUAGAUAUUGUACAAACUGCAGUAAAGGUUACAUUGUGUACACUUAAAUAAUCGAAGAAAUGUCUAAAUAUUCGCAACAAGAUAAAUAUUGGACGUUACCAGCUCAGAAUCAGUACAACUUUGAUAACAGUGGUUUUGGUCAACCUAACCAACAAUUUGAAUUCACAAGUUAUAACGACCAACAAUCUGGAGAUUAUAGUUACAAUACACAACAAGAAUAUUUAAAUCCAAGUCAGAGUUCAUAUGCUGGUGAUUUGUAUACACCAGAAAAUUACAAUCAAGGAAGUUCUAACUUUAAUGAUGAAGAAGAUGAACCACCGUUGUUAGAAGAAUUAGGAAUAGACCCAGAUAGAAUUUUACAAAAAACAUUGGCUGUUCUUAAUCCAUUUCACAGACGGGGUCAAACAGAUGAUGCUAAUUAUCUCUUACAAGAUUCAGAUCUAGCGGGACCUUUAGCAUUUUGCCUUAUGCUUGCAGCAGCAUUGCUCUUAGCUGGAUCUAAAGCACACUUUGGCUAUGUAUAUGGAUUAGCAACAACAUCUUGUCUUUUGAUGUAUUUACUAUUAACUUUGAUGAGCACUACUGGAAAUAUAACUUUAGCAUCAGUCGCAUCAGUAUUGGGCUACUGUAUACUUCCUGUUGUUGGACUUGCUGGAUUAGGCAUUUUUACUAGUCUUCGUGGAACUGGUGGAUUGAUUCUUGCUGUACUUGCAGUUACAUGGGCUACUUUGUCAUCUUCACGACUUUUUGUAGCAAUGUCAGGUGACGAAAAGCAACGGCUUUUAAUAGCAUACCCGUGUCUUUUAUUAUAUGGUGUUUUUACAUUGAUUGUGAUUUUUUGAAGAUAAUAAUUUUGUAUCUUUUUUACAACCGAAUGCUAAAAUGAAUAAUAACUUAAUAAUGUUAGCUUAAAUAUUUUUCAAUAAAACUGAGAGUAGUCCAAUAAAAUUUAUUGUAACUCUUUUAAACUAAUUGUUUACUGAUUUUGAAUUAAAAAUGAGGCUUAUUUCAUUAAUCUCAUUCUUAGCUAUUAAAAAAAUAUCUUAUUUCUGUUAACUUCUAUAUGUGUUCUGUGAGCAUCUUAAUCAAUUUUUUUGUUUUACGAGGAACACGUUGAACUUUGAAAAUUGCAAAAAUUGGAAUUAGAAACAA